AUGGAUCAUACAAAGAUAUUGACAAAGAAUGGAAGUUUUUCAAAUGAUACUCAGUCAAUCAAUGAGUCACCAACUAAAUUACCAGCAUGGGAAACUGAAUCUAUCAUAGCGAACCUAAUCCUGGCUUUUACAACAUUUGUACAUAUUUAUUUUGCAUUGGUAGUUCACAGCUAUGCACGCUUGGGGGAAAAACAAUAUUCAAUUAUUAGAACGUCAGAAUAUUCUACACCAAUGAUAUCAUCUUUAGGAAUGGCUUUGUUAAAACCUCCAAGUCCUUCAAUUACUAAGGAAGAAGAACAAAUAUGA